AUGCCCGAUAAGACAGCGAGGGAAUCCAGAGAGAUGGUGGAGGUGGAGAAGCGACAGGACGGUGUUUGGAGGUGCAGCAGCUGUACACGGGAGCGGGAGGACUCAGGGGAGGAGGAGGAGGAGGAGAGAGGAAGAGGAGGAGGAGAGAGGAACAACCUGUCGAGAUGCAGCGCGAACGCAAAGGAGGAUGAAGCCCUCUAG